AGAAGUUUUUUUGAUAAGAGUAAAUGGGCACAACUAGGGUUUUCAACCAGCGUCUGCGGAAUUUGGCGGGUGGCGCUGUGAUUAUCACGGCGAGAGCGUUCGAGUGUUCGCUAGCAAGAGGUCGGCUGGAGCGCAGGACGAGAUUCGUGGAGGGAUUCUCUUCUGGCGAAGUUCGUUCUCGAAGCUAUUUGAUUCCUACUGCGUUUGUGCAACCAGAUUCGUUGGUGGGCAGUUUUUGUCUGUGUAUGGGAACAUGUCUGUUUGGUCAACGUCAGACAGGGACGAUGGAGGCCAUGGAGGAACGAAGACGGGGAAGAUUGCUCUGGAAAGGGAUGUGGAGGUGGCUCGGUUUCGGUCUGGUUGACUACGGGCAGUUCGAAGCAAAGAAGGAAGAACAUGAAGUGACGAAAAUCCGCCCCCCUUGUGAACCGCCGCCAUGGAGGAUUUGCGCAAAUAGGGUUUGGAAGACUGUUUUACUCUUUCUAGUUUUUUAUUUUCAGUCCAGACUAUUUUCUUAUUUCUAUUUUGUUCCUACUAUGUCAAACAAUAAGCGGGGUAGGUGGGUGUUUUGUUUUACUUUAGUUGGUAGAUUGAUUACUGAUUGGAGGCAAUCAGGCUUAUUCAGCCGCUAUAGCCUCUAUGCUCUCGCAAUUUCAACGAUUAGUCUCGCUCUUUCUAGGGUGUACUAUUCUAUGUCUGGUCAUAACAUGAGGGGCCCGAUGGACUUUGGUUUUCAAAAGAUUAGAGGGGGAUUUAGUUCUUGGCAUUCUGUUGUUGCUUUGGAUCGUUUGAAUAUAUAUAAGUUUUCCUUCAAAAAAAAAAG